CCAAAACCCUAGUUAGUCAGUCGUUAGCCGGACACCGACUCUAGAACAACACAUUUUCGGCUUCAUUUUCGUAACAAAAACCCUCAAAAUUCUCCGUUAAAAACACAAAAAAAAAAAAAAAUAAAAUAAAAAAAAUAUUUUGAAACGUACAAAAAUUCUGAAAUUCUCAACGUUCGUGUGUCGUCCAAAAGUAACUCGCGCAGAUUCCCUGUAAACUGAAUUGAAACACUGACAGAAAUUGGGCGCAUGUCCUGUAAUAGUAACAAAUAUUAUAAUAACCGCGUAAUCCGCCUAUAACAGAAACGUAAAGUCGAAAAAAAGUAUAAAAAUCCCACGUAAAACGAGCUUUGAGCUUGACCCAAAAAAAUACUCAAAAGAACCCUUGGUCAGUGGAUCGUGAUGAAUCGCUCAGUAGGAGCUGGCCGCUUCACGCUGCGCGUCCUCAAGAGACGCCAGCCGCCAAGCGUCAAGCAUUUCUAUCAGCGUAGCCUGGAUGCGGAGGACCUGGCUGCUCCUCCUGCGGCGGCGGCGUCUUCCGUUCGCGGUAGUGCAGCCAAGUGCCUGGAAAUGAUCAGCCGCCUGCUCAACGGAGAGUUCUCCCUCGGCAGCGGUCGGCAUGUGGCGCCGCGAUUCCUUCAGCCGCUUAUGUCUGGCGAGGAUGUGCUCAAUUUUAGCAGCGAAAGCGAUGAGUUCCGCCGCCAACUGGGCAAGCAGCUUCAGGAGCUGCGCCAGACCCUAAAGAAGGGUCAGCGGAAGGCACCCAAAGCCGAGUCGGAGAAGACGGCCCGUUCGUGGAGAUCGCGACGAGGAGAGUCGGAGGAGGAGUCUGAGCGACGUCCCGGGGCCAGACCCGUUCGGGGUGAGUCUGAGGAGUCGGAAAAGACACGUGCAGCAAGAACCCCCGAGCCGAAAAAGGCAUCCCAGGAUCCCAGGAAAUUGGGAAGGAGGUCAGACAAAGCCGUGAGAAGCGAGUCAGAGGAGUCGGAAGAGUCGGAGGAGUCUGAGCGUUAUCCCUACGGCGCAUUGCGUGUGCAGAGGACAUCAUCUGAACCUAAGAGAUCGAACAGAGCCGUGAGAAGCGAGUCUGAAGAGUCGGAGGAAUCCGAGAGAAAUCCGAGGGCAGGGAGGUCGAACAGAGCCAUCAAAAGCGAGUCGGAGGAGUCUGAGGAGUCUGAGGAAUCUGAGCGUUAUCCCUACGGUGCAUUGCGUAACCCAAGGGCAGUGAGAACACCAGAGCCGAAGAAGGCAGGAUCUGAUCCCAGGAGGUCGAACAGAGCCAUCAGAAGCGAGUCAGAGGAGUCGGAAGAGUCGGAGCUACGACCCAGGUCCAGGAAUUAUCAGCCCAACCCCAAGGUAUCCGAGUCGGAGAAGACAUUAAAAGGCUCCACGCAGACCAGCCGCAAAGUGAGGGCCGAAUCAGAGGAGUCCGAGGAAUCGGAGAAGAUUGCCGAGUCUGAGGAGUCGGAGAGACAGCCCAAGCCACGUGACCCGAAUCUAAUCGAGGGUAUCUACUGGACGGGCGAGGGCAAGCGGCUCGAGGUAAGGGAUCCAAGGGAGGGAAAAAAGCCUGACUCUGGCUACAUUGCCGGCGAUGGCCGAGAUCUUAAUGCGGAGCCCUCGGAUGCUCCUCGUGGCCAAACCAGCUCGAAGGACCUGAAGGACGAGUGAAUCCCGCAACAGAACUAAAGGCUCAGAAAUAAAUAUAAAACGACCAAGGCAA